AUGAUGAAAGUUGGAACUUAUUUAAUUAAAAGAUUAAAGGAAUUGGGUAUCAAACAUGUAUUUGGAGUACCUGGUGAUUUCAAUAUGGACAUUUUGGAUUAUGUAGAAGAUGAAGAAGGAAUUGAAUGGAUUGGGGGAUGUAAUGAAUUGAAUAGUGGUUAUGCAGCUGAUGGUUAUGCAAGGAUUAAUAAAAUCUCCGCCUUGAUAACAACUUUUGGGGUAGGUGAACUUUCGGCAAUCAAUGCCAUCGCGGGUUCAUUCUCGGAAAUAGUUCCAGUUGUACAUAUAGUAGGGACCCCGUCCACCAAAUCUCAAUCCGAGGGGGCAAUAUUGCAUCAUACCCUUGGCAACGGCGAUUUUAAAAUUUACAAGAGAAUUCAAGUGACCGUACAAGAAAUUUCCACCAUGAUUCGUCACAACAUUCAACCCAUUAUUUUUAUUCUUAACAACGAAGGAUAUACCAUCGAACGAACACUUCAUGGACUUAAACGUGAAUAUAAUGAUAUACAACAAUGGGAUUUCUGUAAAACUUUGGAAUAUUUUGGUGGGGCAGGAAAAGGAAAUUCCGUUAGGAUCUCAACCAAAGAUGAAGUAGGAUCCUUUAUUCAUCAAUUUUCUCCGGAUAAAAUUCAAAUUGUUGAAGUUAUUAUGGAUAAAUUUGACGUUCCCAGGGCUCUAUUUGAAACUGUUAAAAUUACUUACACACAACAUGUUUAUGAAGAAAAAUCUGAAUAA